GGGAGAGGAGGAUGAGAGGGAGAGAAACGAGAGUUCUGAUGUUGCAUGGUUACGUAUGGAUGGAGAUUCAGAGAUGGAAACCCUAACCCUAGGGGAAGGUCUCUUCUUUUCUCUUCUUUUAUUUGGUUUGGCCCUGGUUCCUUGCCUUUUUCAGGAAGGAAACAAGUGGUGAGGAUCGAUAAGGCGGUCUAUCUCUCUCUUUCUGUCUCUUUUCCGCGGUUCUCAUAAGUUGGUGGAGCAAUGGAGGAUGAAUUCCUGAAGCGGAACACCGAUUGCGUCUAUUUUUUAGCGUCACCUCUAACUUGCAAGAAGGGCGGCGAAUGUGAGUUUCGGCACAGCGAAGGUGCCCGGCUGAAUCCCAGGGACUGCUGGUACUGGUUACAGGGAAAUUGCCUGAACCCACAUUGUGCAUUCAGGCAUCCGCCACUAGAUGCAUGGACAGAGACCUCAUCUGAAUAUCUUCCUGCACUGCAACUGCCACCACUACCAAAAAAGCCCAAAUCCAGUGUUCCUUGCUAUUUUUAUUCUAGUGGGCACUGCAUUAAGGGGGAUCAGUGCCCCUUUAUGCAUGGUCCAAAUGGUAUUCAGCCUUCCGAGAAAUUGGAAAAGGUUGCUGAGGGCAACAGUACUGGUAAUCAAUUGGAGAAUAAGGCACCAACUGUAACUAGUGCUGAACCAGACUCAAGCAGUCCUCCGAAUAGAACUAGCACUCCAUUGAAAGUCCCCCAUACAUCAUGCCUCAAAAAAAGCGAUAUUCAUGAUGAUGGUGUUUCCGAGACUGAACGUUGCUCCUCACCACAGGCAUGUGCUCCAGAAGCUGAUGAUUCUACAGUUAGAUCAUCUAAAUCUCUUCUCCCUGAAGAAGAUGACUAUGUCAGUUUGCAACCAGAUUUGUUGGAGUGUUCAGAGGACCACAUGAAUGGCACUGAAAGAGAAGAGUGGUGGGAGUCAUCUCCUGGGCUAGAUGUGCUUGUUGAUGAUGAAUCAGAGUUUGAAGAAGAUGUAAAAUACACGUUGCUUCGUGACAGAGGCGUUGACCAAUUUCACAGGCGCUUGCUACAACAUGAUUAUGAAGAUGCAGGCAGGUUCGAGCAUUACUCAGAAGCUGAAUUACCUCGACGGCAUGUGACAUUUGAUGGUUAUGAAGCCACGGAAUAUGUGUAUGAUUCAAUGCAGAGAACGGCUAUGCAAUUCAGGGUACGAAUGCCUGAACAACUAGUGCCUUAUGGUAGAAGACGAGUUCGGCAGUAUGAAACUGAAGGGGGAUAUAGGAAUUCUGUAGAUCUUCGUGAUCACCUCAAGAAGCGCAGGACUGAUUAUGGAAGAUUUGGUUAUUACUCUGGAGAUCAUCCACAUUUACUGCAUAAGAGUGACACUGGAAAAGGACAGCAAGGAAGGUGCAUUUCGGUACAAAAGCAUGAAAGAAUGUCGUCGCAAGUUGCGAAAAACAGAAUAGUUCAGUACAGUAAGGCGGAUUCUAAUUUGAGGUCUAAUAAAAAACAUGGCAGGUCUGGACAUGCAAAGUCGAGGCAUGUUAAGAGACAGGAGCAUGACAAGCUGAAAAGAAAACCAAACUUUACAGUGCGGUCAGAGAUUGCAAGAGGACAAUGCCAGAAUGAUAUUUGGAGUACCCAGAAAACUGAUGGUUUUGCUGGACCAAAAUCUCUUUCACAAAUUAAAGAAGAGAAGAAGAGAGUAAGAGAAAGUGAGGAUGGUUUGAAAUGCCUGGAGCAAAAUGAUUGUGCGAAUUGGUGCAGAGAUAUGUCUCACCAGUUCCAAGGUCCAAAAUCUCUAAAUGAACUACUCAAAGAUAAGAUUAGACCAAAAUCACUGGACAAGGCCAUUCAGCUGACCACCACAAUUUCAGUGGACUCUGUUGCUGAUUGUAGGAGCAGUUUACACAGAGAUACCAGAGAACAUAAGAAUGGUUAUAUCAAUGACGGAAAUAGUGGUCCCGAUGAAGAAGCUGAUGGAGCGAGUAACAGGAGGGUUGCAGAAAAGGAUGAAUUUUCAGAUGCACAUGAUGAUGAUGAUGAUUUUCUGCUAAAACUGGAGAGCAUGUAUUCUUGAAGGUGUGGUUGGUUCUUUCUCCUUGACAUCACUAACUGCGGAUAGGGCUAUAAGAAAGUGACAUAGCAGGGAGGUUACUAUUGUCGCAGUGUGUAGCUUCUCUUUGUACAGAGGUUGCUGAAUUACUAGUCGGAUGAUAUCUAGUAUUGUUUUGACCUGUAGGCAUUUGUAUGCUUGCUUUAUGGUGACGAAUACGUUGAAAUAUUAACAUCAGCUUGAGUUUUAUAUGCAAA